UUUCAAAAAUUCCUGACACGGAAGCGUAUCGAUUCGCACCGGCUAGCUAUCGAUUUUCGAUAUUCACUUGAAGACAAGACGCACAUUAAUUGAAUUCGUUUUCGGAACAAUUUUGACAAAACUACGAAAUUCCGGGCGAGCACCAUGAUAACUGAGAAGGAGCACCCGCUGGACAAUUGCCAGUUGUUUGUUCAGCUGAGGAAAUUCUUUCACGACUACGCCCAGAACGCCAAGAGCCUGAAAAACAUAAUUUACUGGAGUGGAAACGAAGAGCACAUUAAGAAGAUCUGCGACGAAGUGAUGGGCCUACUAUUGGAGCACGAGCUUAUCCUCCAGGUGCCACAUGCCAAGCACUCCGAUCAGGUUGCCCUACCAAAUGGUCCAGCUGCCAUGAACCACUUGCGUGGACUACUGGUGUAUCUGGUGCUGAAUACCGCCAACGAACAGUUCUUGGGCGAAUACCAGUGGAGCGCCCAUGUCAUCCAUUUGUGCCACCAGCUGCCAGCUAUCCCACAGUUCAUGACCAUUGCGAUAGCCCUUACUUGCGGUCUCCAGCAGCCGCUGGAGGAGUUCCUUGCCUGUGGACCCCGCUGGCUGACCUUCCAGUAUUUUGAGACAUUCAAUGAGGUUCUGGCGCACAUUCAUUCGGAUUGCUUGGAUGCGCUGCCACUAUUCAUUUCCGCCUUGAAGGCAGCCGGUCGCGCAAUUAUCAAUCACAAUUUGCCUGAAGAAAAUAAGCGACUGCUACGUCAAAUGGCCAGCAUGCUGCAGCGUCAUCUCUUGGAUUCUGACGGGCGUCUUAAAACGCUGCCGCGUGCAGCCAAUCGCAGGAUUUACCUGGCCAAGGUUAUGGAGCAACUGCUGGAAGUUCUUAUGGAUACCCUUAAUGAUCCCCAGAAGCGCGAGAAGCCGAAGUGCUUUGCCAUCUACAGCCAGAUGAGCGUGGACAUUAGUGCCAGCUACUCAAACGAUCCCAUAACUGAUCUGCGACUCUUCGCCCUAAUACUGCUAGACGCUCUGCAGCGUAUUUUUCAGCUUAUCAGCGUCGACACAUUUAUGCACUGGCUUGAGAUACCAUCACAGCGUUUGUUGUAUAGCUACCAGGAGCUAAUCUGCAGCCAGACCGCAGAAUUGCUAAAACUUGUCCAAUCGGAUGAGGAGCUCAGGCAGCAUUCCGUCUGCACGCAAAUGAAAAGCUUUGCGGAGGCAGCAAAAACAUUGGAGCAACGCAUUGCAGAGCUAACAAUCGGCGAGUUGUUGGCCUUUCUCGAUGGCGAUCUGGGCGAUCAGGUCACCAAUGAGCAGGCGCUCGCUGGUCUGGACAAUCUUUUUAGCCGCUUCAUAGCCUUUGGCAACGAUGAGUGCCUGGAAACUAUGGCAAAUCAUUUAAAUUUGCUCACCAAGAAGCAUGCCCAGAUGAUACUCAGUUACUUGGGUCAGGUGGUGCUGUCGAAAAUGGUGGCCGAGGACGAGGGCAUAUCCGUUACGGAAAUAAAGCAGGAGGACGACGAAAUGAACGAAGAGGAGGAGACCACGUCCAACGAAGGGGACGAAGAGGAAGGUCUGCUAAACAUGGUACUGCGUCCCCUAUUUAUGCAAUUAAAUGUUACGGAUAAGAUCGAAAUACUACUAUUGCGCGAUGAGCAAAACAUUACCCAAGGUUUUAACUUUGAGGCACCCGAUCACCAGGAGCGUCGCAUACGCUUCUUUAAUCGUUUAGAUAUGAACAAGAGCUUCCCGAUAGACGAAUUUCUUGGACUUUGCUAUGAGAACGCAAAACAGACUUGGGUGGAUUUUUCCCGCCUGGCCGUAACGCAUACUCGCUUCACGCAACUGUUCUGGCGCUUGGCUGCUCAGUUUUGCCCCAAGCUUGCAGCCUUUCAUAUUUCCGCUUGUGCCGAGGAGUUCCUGCUGGACGAGCAACUGCUGCAAAAGCCGAAUGCCUUGCGGUUCCUAAUCUACUUAUAUGGCCACCGACAGAUCCUCAACGGCUUGUACUUCUCAUCGCGGCAAAUGUGCGUUUGCUUGAAAGACGGACCCUGUCCCUACGGAGAGGAGCAGCUCAAGCAGACGCAAAAUAGGUUCCUAGAGGCCUGUGCCAACGGUUUGGCUAAGUUUAGAAAGUCCAUGGAUUUCCCCAGCCUGCAGUUAAUCUUUCGACUGCUCCUGCAGAUUACUGUGAGCGAGAAGCAGCUGAACUUGCAAGGCAACCGACAAUUAACUUUACUCCAAAAGGAGCACCCGAAAUCGGAGGCCGGAGACGAUGCAGACGAUGUCAAGAUGGCCAAGCAUUACAUAUUUAUGCAUACAUGUUUGCCAGAGUGGCGUAUGAAACACUGGCCGCUAAUCUCGCAGGUUAUGAAGACCAUUGAUGCCUUACGCUGGAACUUGGCCACCUUUGAAGAGGCCCGCGUAAAUACCUUAGAAUUGGCUGUGCGGUAUUGGGGCCACGGUCUGUCCCAUCUGACAUUCCUAGGCGAGGAAUUUCGCCAGAGAGUCUUGAAUCUAGUGAGGAAAUUGACGCACAAGGACUUUUGGAUCGUCCACCUUACUGAAGAUAGCUUCAGUAACAACCGCUGCUUUCUCAGAUUGCUGACUCAGUCCACUGCAUCGGAGGCUACUUUACUCUUUUCCCAGGUCCUGACUAACCGCACCGAUUACGCUCUUGUGGGCGAACUAAGCGAUGCGGUGGUGAAGGUGAACAGCGACUCCGCUUUCAGGGCCUUCAAAUUCCUUUUUCGACAAUAUUUGAUCGCCUUCCGGAAACACACCAGAAUUAAUAAGACGUUCAGGAAUCGCCGUCAUUGGGAUCAUUUGAUGACCGUUGCGUCCAAAGCUCCAUUCUGCAUUCGCAGCGAGAUUAUGGAGGAAGCUAGUCAAGCGUUCGCAGUGCGAUUCAACACAGAUCUCCAGGAACAGCAGGGAGCCAAGUGUUUGGACGAUAUGGAGAUGCCCUAAAGUAGUCAUAUUCUUAAGCCAAGUCGAAACGACGUCGCUUGUUUAACAUGUAAAAGAAUUUUGUGGAAGAAUUGAAUGUAUAAUCUUACAUUCUUGAUUCUUGAACACCGUAAUAAUUUGUUAUCAAAUCAUUUUAGAACUUUGUAUGUCCUUAAAAAGGGCGACUUUAUGUACAUAACAUAUGUAAUAACACAACGAAAAUUUGUUGUCCAUUGAAUAAAUGCUUUGGCAGCAAAGCGAAAUUCCUUA